GGCAGGGUGUGGUUCACAUGACACGAAAUCCUAAUCGGUGACACAGUUUAAAAGUAGAUUCUCUCCAAUUUGAUCAAAGACAUUUAAAAAAAAAAAUGUGGAAGCUUAUUGUGUUCUGUUGCCUUGUUGCAGUGUGCCUCAGCCAAACUGCAGUGGAUUUGACCAUCAUUUGCAAGUAUGUCUCUAUACUCAACUGCAACCUGUUUGCAAACCACGAAGUCUGUGCUAGCAACAACAUCACAUAUGACAGCCACUGUAUGUUUUCCAAAGCACAUUGCCAGGACAGAAAUUUGCACCUGACUUACAACACGUCAUGCAGUGAUGCCGGACACAAGGAUGGGGGGAGCCACGGCAGCCAGACCACGUAUGAGUUCUUCUGCAGAAAUCUUCUACACACACACUGUGGCACCGACAUGGAGAUAGUCUGUGCGUCCGACGGGAAGACAUACAAUAACUUCUGUCUCUUUGAGAAGGCACGUUGUAACGACAGAAACAUAUUUAUAAAAGAAUACAACGCAUGUGCGUAAAGAAAGAAAAACACACGUUCGUUGCUGACUGUGCAGCAGAGUUGGGAGUUCAGAUACUUAUACCAAGACAGUAUCAAAUUUGUACUGCUACAAACAGCAAUAAAUACAAUACAGAGUU